CAGCUUUUGUAGCAGGCCAAGGCAAGUGCAUGCAUGAGAAAGGUUGAUGGAACUCUGUUCCCUACAGAAGAUUCAUUGCUGACUCUGACACCAAAGAGAUGGCAGCACUCUGGAUAGUUCCCAGCGCAUGGUGACACAUGAUGGAUUUGUAUGAGCUGAACGUCACACACUCACACACACAGACACACAUACACGUGUGCAGGCAUUCGGAUCAUGCAUGUACAGGUGUGAAGCAGACGAGUUUGCUGACAAUUGUGCGCACCUCGCAAAGCUCAAGUUUCAGGUGUUCGUGUUCCAACUUCCAAUGCCGCCUAAACACAAGUCCGGUUUUGAGAAAAGGAAACAAAAAACGAAAGAGAAUGAACUCAUUGAAUCAGAAAAAGGUGCUCUAAAAAGGUAUUUUCCGAUGGUAACUAAUGUUCAUAAUCAAAGGCAAGAAUCUGAACCCGGAAAAGAUGAUGAUCUUAAUUCAAAUGACGAUUCCUUGGAUGAUAAUAUCGAUAUUGAUGUUAAUGAGAAUGAGGAUAAUACAGGAGGGGAAAAUUUGCAGCCUUCGCCUAAUGCUCGGAAUGGUGAUGAACAAGAUGAUUCUCUGCUAUCUAUAUAUGAUCCUAGGACAUGGGAUAAUCUUGACAAUCGCAAAAGGGAUAUUUUAAUUGAAAAGGGGCCGGUGAGAGAAUUGGGCCCGGAGUUCCCUGAACUUGAAGGUAGACUUUUUCAUAUGCUUACUAUUCUAGAAAAUUAGCUAAUAAAGAGGUUAUGGAUAGAAAGUGGUUGGUUUAUUCUAAAGAGUUGGACAAAGUUUUUUGUUUUGCCUGCAAGUUGUUCAAAUCAAACCAGAGUAGGUCUUUGCUAGCAUUUGAUGGAUUAAGGGACUGGAAGCGUCUGAGUGGAAGACUCCAAGAACAUAAGAGCAUUUUUUAACUUUGCCCAAGGGCCCCGAAAAAUAUAGAGCCGGCCCUGAAGCGGCGUGAAGCUUAAUGGGCAAAAUCAGCCAUGUCACGUCUAGGGAUCAUUCACCCGAACCAUCUCGCAUGCGAACUGUAAAGAGGAAAACAAGAGAGAGAGAGCAAAUGAUGGAAUGAACCGUCCUUUCAUUGAUAGAAGAUUAUGGAUAUAUAUAUAUAUAUAUAUAUAUAUAUAUAUAUCCCGUAUAAAGGCGAUUUACAAAGAGGCAGUUGUCAUAAAAGACAACCGACAUAGCAUGGAUUAGUCCUGUAAUUAACUUAAUUAAUUAUUUCAUAACAUUCCUCCUAAUCAAUACUUGUCUUUGUGAAUAUGCAUCAUCUUGAUAAAUAAUACUCCUUGCA